AUGGGAAAUAGUUAUGAGCUAAAAGAAUUAUUGAGACAAAAACGAUAUCUCGUCUAUCCAAACCCACUCGGUAGUGAAACUAAAGUCCAGGUUCUUUUUGGCCUUGGACUGCCGAUGGAAUCGGAGGUAUCGGUUAUUCUAGGAUACGUAUUGAAAUGUAAUUACAAUUUGCCUUACAACUCAUCAUCAUUCACCGAACCGUACGUAAGAUAUCAGAGAGACACUGAUAGAAACGGUAAUAAAAAUGAAAACAAGAGCAAUAGGAAAAGUUUCAGAAUAAAAUCAGAAGAAUCACUAUCGAGAUGGGAUUUAUAUCGCAUUUUGGAGUCUGCUCUCGAGACUUUGGGCUCUCCGGGUAAAGUAUGUUUACUUCGCGCUGUCUGCGAAGCUGCGGAACUUCCUUUUGAUCCAAGUCAUGGAUUACUUGGCGAGCUUCUACAUGCUUUACUCACACCAUCUUCAACUUCUGAAUACUCAGACCUAUACGAUGAUCGCGAAUAUCUUGCUGCUGAACAUAUCGGUAAAAAUAGAAUAAAUAAACACUUCAUCUCUCUACACCUACAGACAUAUAAACAUUUAUUUAUAUAUAGACAUUUGAUUGCUGGUCUAGGUUUGCCAAUGGAUGUAGAUGUCAGUACAAUCAUCGGAUAUGUGAUAAAGUUCAAUUAUAAUCUCCCUUUCAAUGCUUCUGAUCUAACCGAACCUUACAUUCGAUAUCAGAGAUCCACUUCUAAUCACCAAUACCCAGAAGGAUUUACAUCACGAUGGGAGAUUUACCGGAUGAUCGAGUCAACUUUAGUGGGUUUUAGUUCAGGAAGAAGCUGCCUUUUAAGAGUGAUUUGCGAGGCUGCUGCACUUCCUUUCUCCAGAUCCCAGGGAAUUUUGCCACAACUUAUUCAUAUACUUCUCACCCCAUCGUCGACAAAUGAAAAAUAUAUCGAUAACACCGACCAAGAGUUCCAUGCAGCUGAGCUUGAAGGAAAAAAAAAUCCUGGUGAUUGUCAUAGAAUUUUUUCCGAUUGCUGUGAAAAUAUUCUCGAUUACUUUACCGACGUAAUUAAUUAA